AUUUCACGAGAAUCAAGUUGUUAAUACUUGCAAGCUGUAUUCUUAUAAAUCUAUUAUUAUCUGUAGUGACACGCAGAGGACCGAUAAAACAUUAGAAAUAUAACGUUAUAGUACGAUAUUCAACAUUAAAAAAAGAAUAUUUACUUCAAAUCUUAUAGAAUAUUUCAUUCAUUUUGAUUUGGAAAUGUAUAUAUACAACAUGUAUAAAUAUUUUUUAAAAAAUUUCAUACAUGGAAGUUGUAUGAGUAGAAACUAUUAGCUGUUACAUCAUCUUAAAAACAAAUAUUAUAUAAUAUUUAAAAUGCCACAAGUGGAUGGUGCUACAAUACCAAUAACGAAUAAUCAGAACAGUGCAACUGUACAUAAUAAUCAUAAUACAAGUAGUUCAACUCGAUCAGCCUUAAAUAAUAACAAUAUGAAUACUGCUAGAAAUAAUAAUAACCAAAAUCCACUAGUUAAUGUAAGGGAUAGGUUGUUUCAUGCAAUAUUUAUUAAGGCUGCAUUAACUUAUGCAAGAACAUUUCCACGACCUGUCAGAAGAUUUAUAGAAUUUAUAGUUUUAUUGAAGGCUAUAGCAGCAUUUUUUGUUUUGGCUUAUAUUCAUAUAGUAUUUUCACGAGCACCAACUAAUUGUUUAGAACACAUAAGAGAUGAUUGGCCGCGUGAUGGUAUAUUAAGAGUUGAGAUACUUAAAAAUGGAGGAGAAGAUUAUAGUAUAGAAAAGAGUUAUGCAAAAGAAGAAAAGUUACGACAAGAAAAAGUUGAUGAUUUAACUAGUGCUUUAGGAAUAUUAACUAGAGAUGGAUUUAUCAAUAUCGAACCAUCAGCUGUUGAUGAAGAACGUGAUACUACUAAUGCAUUGAAUGAAGAAAAUCAUGACAGUUUAACAUUGUCUGAAAAAGAAAUAGUUAUUCGAAGUGCCACUAUUUCUGGUGAAACACAAGAUCCAAAUUUAAGUAUUACUAAUACAACAACAAGUCCUUCUUUACCUACUAAACUUUGGAAUGAAAUGAAUGUAGACAAUAAAGAAAUAUCAGAUAAAAAACUAUCCUUAACAAAUACACAGAAUAAUACUAUAGGACAAGAUAAUAAAUCUAAUAAAGAAGAUGUUAUUCGACCUUUAAAGGAUUCAAAUUCUGAAGUUAGGGCAGGUGAUGGUUAUAUUGUAGAAUAUUCAUUAGAAUAUGGUUUCUUGAGAUUAUCGCCUGUAGCACGGCAAAGAUUAAAUAUUCCUGUAAAAAUCGUUACUUUAGAUCCUGUUAACGAUAAAUGCUUUGGCGAUGAUUUUUCAAGAUUAAUACUCGAUGAACUUUUAGGAUAUGAUGAUUUAUUAAUGGCAAGCAUUAAAACAUUGGCAGAGCAUGAAGAUAAUCAAGGCUUUUUACGAAAUGUGGUAACAGGAGAACAUUAUCGAUUUGUAAACAUGUGGAUGGCUAGAACUACAUAUCUUGCUGCAUUUUUUAUCAUGUUAGUUUUUACUAUCUCCAUUUCAAUGUUACUACGGUACUCGCACCACCAGAUUUUUGUCUUCAUUGUGGAUCUGCUUCAAAUGUUGGAGUUCAACUUAACGGUUACGUUCCCUGCUGCGUCCCUGCUCACGGUGCUUCUGGCCCUCGUCGGAAUGGAGGCAAUCAUGUCAGAGUUCUUCAACGACACCACGACCGCAUUUUACAUUAUACUGAUCGUUUGGAUCGCCGAUCAAUACGAUGCCAUUUGCUGCCACACACCGGUUACGAAAAGACACUGGUUACGAUUCUUCUACCUCUAUCACUUCUCCUUCUAUGCCUACCAUUAUCGAUUCAACGGGCAGUACAGCAGUUUGGCUCUUGUCACGUCUUGGCUUUUUAUACAGCACUCGAUGCUAUACUUCUUCCAUCACUACGAGUUGCCCGUGAUCCUGCAGCAGGCCCAAUUACAGCACCUCCUGUUCCGAAAUCACGCACAGGCCGGUAUGGCGGAGCAACCCUCGCCCGAGCAACCUUCACCCAUUUCGAAUCGGGCGUUGACCAGUACCGAGCCAACACCUGAGCCCUCACCUGCCAGAGAGUCGGCGGUCGCCACCGAGAAUCCGGCCCAGCAGCAACCAACCCCGUCGGCCCCGUUGCAACAACCCGGAUCCGACUCGACCAACCCUCCCAACGCGGAGGAACGUGUCGCGGCGGCGACACCAUCUUCGACGCCCACCAACGAGGAACAGAGUAACGAAGCAACAGGGGGUACCACCGAGCAACAACCAUCGUCGGACGGGAAAUCGGAUUGUAAAACGGAGGUGGCGAUAUCUGGCGUCUCCUCCUCGAAGAUCGGGGACAAUGGAUCAUCGACCGAUAGUUCGACGACGGAGGGGUUCGAGGUGAUCGAGGCCACGGAGGCGACGCGGAAGGAAACGACAUCCUGUCAGGACAAGUAGAGGGACAUUAAACGCCUCGAGCCAUGCCAGUUGCAUAUACACCCGGAUAGUCGAGGAGAGGUGGGAGGUUGUCAUUUCAGCGCGGGUGCAUCCGCGAGAAUAGAUCGUCUUGAAGCCGAAGACCUCGAGGUUCGCAGACAAUUGAAACGGAAAGGGAGAGAAGAGAGAGAGAGAGAGAGGGAGGGAGGGAGAGAGAGAGAGUGAGAGUGAAAUCGUAGUAUCGCUUAAGAUGGACCGUUGUACGCUUAUCGCUCGAAUGAUACGUUUAUUUUUCUUUUUUUUUUUUUUUUUUCAACUUAUGAAAAUGAAGACACAAUACGUUUUCGCAAGAAUUAUGUCGUAACAAUAUUUCGAACAAAUUUUUGUAAUUUGUAACAACGGAUCAUGCGUUGAGAACAAAUUUUUAUUAGUUUAACGGAGAGGAGGGUAUGAUGAUGAUUCCGCGAGAAUUGAACGAUUUGAUUUUGUAAUUUGAUUGAGAAUGAUUCUGGACAAAUUUCGAUUUUUUUUUUUUUUUUUUUUUUAAUGGAGACAGGAAGUGGACGGACCAUUAUUAUUUGCGUAACCGAGAUCGAUAUCGAACGAUUUUGAAAAAAAUUAUUUUUGUAAUUUUGACAUGGAUCGUACGCUUCUGCAAGAAUUAAACGACUUGUUUUGUAAUCGAUGUAAAAAACGAUUUAGAAAAAAAAAUUUCGAUCCUUUACUGGGGGCAAGGGGCGGAUUACGUUUAUAUUUUGUAAUUAAAAUUGGUAUCGAAUGAUUUUGAAAAAAAAAAAAAAAUUCUAUCGUUUUGACAUUGACUACUAUACGCUUCUGCAAGAAUUAAAUGUUUAUUUUGUAAUUGAGAUCGAAACGUUUUUACAAAAAAAAAAAAAAAAAAAAANAAAAAAAAAAGAAAAAAAAGAAAAAAAAGAAAAAAAAAAGAAGAAAAAAAAAUCUCGAUCCUCCGUUCAGAACGAGGAAAAUGUAUGGACCAUACAUUUUUAGCGUGGACCAUUAACACUUCUGUCGGAAUUAAACGUUCAUUUUAUAAUUAAAAAUCGGUUUUGAAAAAAAAAAUACAAAAUCUCGAUUAUCUUUUAUUUGAUACAGAAAAUGUAUAGAAUUAUAAGUAAUCAAGCACACGCCACGUAUAUUUCACGAUUAAAAUUGGCAUUGGAACGAUUCUGGGGAAAAAUCUCUGUCGGUACACUUUGUCCAAGAAUUGAUUUAUUUUAUAAUAUCGGGAUUCUGAUAUCGAACGAUUCUGAAAAAAAAAGAAAAAAAAUCUCUAUAAUAUUUCAACACGAACGUACUCAAGAAUUUCAAGAAGGCAGGAAGUGAAUGAACCAUUUCUGGCCAAGAUUAAACGUUCAUUCUUUCCGAACGAUUAAUAAUUAAUCGUUAUAGAAAAUAAAAAAAGUCUCGAUUCUUUUAACAUAGAAACGAAUACCAUAUAUAUAUCAUAUAUAUAUAUUAUACAUAUAUUAAUGAUAUAAUAUAUUAUGAUAUAAUGAAUAUAAUUAUGAUAUAAUUAUAUUCAUAUAUAUAUAUAUAUAUAUAUAUGGACAUAACACUUCUAUCUAAUUAACGGUUCAUUUUCAAAAUUAAAAAUCGUCAUCGAAAAGAAAAAAAAAAAAAAAAAGAAAACAUCCGGCGAUCCCUCAAGCGAGAAAUAUAUAUACAGAGAAGGCACCGUAAGGUAUAGUUUGACGCCGGGUGUUAGGUUUUAACGAGUAAUCAGGAGCUGCGAGGAUCGGUGAAACGGGAUAACCAGUGACUGGAUUUCAUCGUGUACGCGGAUCCAGAUCGCGUGGAAAUAAUACCUUCCCUCUGUUGGAAGGUUAACGCAUGCGGUAUACGUAUACACACAUAUAUAAUAUCGUUUUCUCGAGGUCAGAGGGAAAGGCGAAACUUGGGAAGGAUGCUCGGAGAGAUAGUUUAUCAUUACGCGACACGCGUGUAAAGCGACGGGUAACGCUUGGAUUCAACGAACGAUGAUCGAUUUUUAUCGCAAGGAAUAAAUUAUUAUUAGAUAUCUUACACGACGUAACAUCGACGUUAGAGGGAAACGCGAUCGUUUCUCGCGAUUUGAUCAAUUUUUUUUUUUUUUUUUCGAAUCGAGAGAAGUUAAGAGGCUAUACGUUUUUUUUUUUAUUUCGCCUUUUUCUUGGGAAAUUAUAUCUGAAAUAUCUAUAUAUAGAUAACGAGAGAUUGCGAGUUCCUCGGGGCGCAACAAGUUGGAGUUCCUUCGCUGAAUAUUCCGUCUUUCCCGUUGUUUGCUUGUUCCAUGAUACGUAAAAAGAGAUUUCUUCCGACUGGACGGAUGGGUUGUUGGUCGUGGCGAUUGACAGCACGAGCGAAUGCGCGAGAGAACGAGGAUAUUUAACUCUUUAAGCGGUUAUAAUGGAAAACACGCACGGGUUUAUCGUUUUUUUUUUAACAGCUAGCGAUAUUUGCAUUAUAAAGAUUAGUUUCUCUUUGUAUUUAUUUAUUUUCUUCUUUUUUUUUUUUUUUAAUCCUUUGAGUGGGCGUCACUUCAUUUGACGAAGAUAUUAGAGGAAAUGACGAAUAUUCUAUUAUUGGAUUGGAUUGGAUUAUGUUUUUCUUUGCAUUUUAACAUUUUCGCUGAAUUUGUUCGCGAAUAUAAAUAAUAAAUAUAUAUAUAUAUAUAUAUAUUGUGAAUAUUAAGGAGUAGAUAAUUAUAUCGAACGAUUGCUCAAAUAUGUUACUUUCGUUUCAAGAAUUUCUCUUUUUUUUUUUUUUUUUUUUUUCUUUUAGAGGAAACGAAAGUCAAAUUUCCAAUUUUAUUUGUAAGAAAUUAGAUUAUUUGUAAGAAAUUCGAUAAAAAGGAUAGAAUUAAUGAAUGCUAUAUUUUAAUAACAAUUUCAACAAUUUGACAAAACGAAAUAAAGGUAAGAAAAGCUCGACUUGCAUUCAUUUCCACCCGUGAUGAAUUAUUUUGUUUGUUACAAAUUAUGCUUGUAACCGAUCAAACCGAUUAAUUUAUCCUCGUUCUCUUCGCUAAUUGAGAAUCGACGCCAGGUGUCUCUCUCUCUGAACAUCGAAUCAAAAGAUGAAUUCUCGAAAUGCAUACACGAACGGUAAUGGAUAUAUUACCAUCUCUCUGAACGAUCUCGUAUUAAUCUUAAUGUUUGCGAAUCCUUGUUUACGACGAGCGCCAUUUUGUAUAAAAAGAAGCGAAUGCCAGAGGAUCCGAUUUCGUAUCUCGCAGCAAGUUCUUCAACAUUGUUAUCCUUUAAGCUUAUGUAAGUUUAAAAUUAAGGGGAUUUGUAGUACGCUAGAUGCGUGUGCUCGAUGCGAAAACAUUGGCACACUCUUUUUAAGGAAAUUAAACGGUGCAUUGACUUAACGAUUUAAAAGAAAAAAACAAAAAAAAAAAAAAAGAAAAAAAAGGAAAAAAAAAUGGAAAAACGAUAAACGAACGAACAAAAAAAAAAGAAAAAAAAAUAAACAAUAAAUAAAUUAGAAUAAAUAAGGGGCGAAACUUAUAUCUUUUAUCUUUUAUCGUCGAUGCUAAGUUUUCACUUUGACACGUUGUUAUCUCUGAGAGAAAUUUUUCAGUGGAAUGUCGUCUCUCUCUCGAGGAAACUUUUUUUUUUUUUUUUUUUUUUUUAAUAAUUAAUAAUGUUAAUGUAAUAAUGUAUUUUUCAAGGUGUGAAAAAAAUAAAAUAGAGAAACGAGGCACGAGUAUGCGAAUGAGAAAAUUGAUGACAGAACUUGUUAAGAGAUACUUAGUGCACAUAUAUACAUAUUAUACAUAUAUUCAUAUACAUAUAUAUAUAUAUAUAUAUACAUAUAUAUUUAUUCUUUACUGUAAACGUUUCUUCAAUCGUGUACAUGUAAAAGAAGGAUGUUGGGUGUUCGUGGCGCUUUGAACACUGUAAAUUUUUUUGUAAAGGUCGGCGAGAGACGUUCUAACGGGUUUGUAAAGUAAGAUAGAAGGGGAAAAGAAGAGAGAAAAGAGGGAGGAAAUGAAAAAAAAAAAAAACGGGGAGAAAAAAAAAAGAAGGAAAAAGAGAACACAGAGAAUAUCGUCGUUUAUUGUUUUUAAAACCGUUUUAAAUUCGAUCCACCUGUGUAAAAUAUUUUCCUAAAACUUACUUACGACGUAAAGAGUCCGAGUUUUUCCGUUUGGUUGUACAUAAUACUGCACUCUACGAUUAAUUAUUAUUAUGAUUAUAUAACAUUGCUGCUCUUGCUGGUAUAUAUUAUAAAUAAACGUAAAGGUGUUGCAAUUCAGUGUGGUUAACACCUUAAUCCGGAUCUUUUCUUGCGUUACACCGUUCAAGCACUUUAUUUGUUUAUUGUCGUUGGUAUAAAAAGGCUUCUCAGUCA